GUAAUUGGCGUGGAAUAGGCCUGGCAGUUCUGGUGAUUUUUGUGGUGAUGUCAGUUGUCCUGUUAGCAAUAUUCCUGCUUUCUCCAGAUAUCCCAAGACAGCCUGAAAAGUUAUGCCUGACAUUAUCUGACCUUGAGAAUCCAGACUACCAGGUCCAUGUACCCCAAAUUUUCUGGGCAAGUGAUUCGGAAAUCAUCCAAGAAACCAGAGAUGGUAAUUUAAUUAGACAAAAUUUAGAAACCAAAAAGACCACCAUUCUACUGAGUAAUAUCACUGAUAUAUCUCUGCAGAUGACCAGUGCAAAGUUAUCCCCAGAUCUACAGAACUUACUUCUGAUAUCAAAAAGCCAAAAGAUUGCAGGAGUGUCUUUCAUCGCUUCAUAUACUGUAUACAAUAUCAGGAGCAGGGAACUAUGGAAUAUCAGCCCACCUGGAAAAAACAAUACCAAUCUGCAAUAUGCCAACUGGGGACCACAUGGGAGCCAACUGGUGUUCAUCUUUGAAAAUGAUAUUUUUUAUCAAGACAUGGCUUCUGGUCCAGCGCUCAGACUUUCUUCCUCUGGAGAUCCAGAAAAUGUGCUCAGUGGGAUCUCUGACUGGACCUACGAAGAGGAAGUUCUACAUAGCUAUGCUGCCCACUGGUGGUCUCCAGAUGGUGCAAGACUUGCCUAUCUCACCAUCAACAACACACUUGUACCUAAGAUGGAGCUGCCACACUUUGUUGGUGCUGACUAUCCAAUAUGUGCACGAUAUGCCUAUCCUAAGGCUGGACAACCCAUUCCUCAAGUAAAGGUCUUUGUUGUGAAUCUGCGCGGUCCGUCGCACACUGUGGAGAUCUUUCGUCCUGAUACUUUUGAGUUCAGGGAGUACUAUAUUACCCUGGUAAAAUGGGUAACGAAUUCUCAACUUGCUGUGCAAUGGAUGAACCGCCCACAAAACCUAUCUCUUCUCACAAUCUGUGAUACGACUACUGGCAUCUGUGUGGAGUGAUCACUUACUGACAUCAGCAUGGCCAUCUGCAGAACAACAUCCGCUUGUCAUCUCUAACACAGGAGAACAAUGCAGCCUUGUCUAUCACAGAUCUCAUAGCUCUCAAGA